UCUGAGUAACCAGAGAGCCAGAGAGCAGGGAGGAGCAUCAAGCCCAGCCCGGGCACAGGGAUCCAGCGCAGAAGCCGCCCAGGCAGCCGCUGCUCUCCUGAGAUCUUCUGAGCGCCCAGAGUGAGCAUGGCCUGGGUGGUCCAAGCCGUCCUCCAGCUACUGCUGCUCCUGCCACCGCCUGCCCAGACCCGGCCCCCAGUAGCAGCUGGAGAUCCGUAUGAUUGUGAUGCUCCGCUGGCCUCUGCUUUGCCUCAGAUGUCCUUCAGCAGCUCCUCCCAGCUGUCCAGCAGCCAUGGCCCUGGCUUUGCAAGACUGAAUCGAAGAGAUGGUGCUGGUGGCUGGACCCCACUUGUGUCAAAUAAAUAUCAAUGGCUACAGAUUGACCUUGGAGAGCGAAUGGAGGUCACUGCUGUGGCCACCCAGGGAGGAUACGGGAGCUCUGACUGGGUGACAAGCUACCUCCUGAUGUUCAGUGAUGCUGGAAGGAACUGGAAGCAGUAUCGACAAGAGGAGAGCAUCUGGGGAUUUCCAGGAAACACAAAUGCAGACAGUGUGGUGCACUACAGACUCCAACCUCCCUUCCAUGCCAGGUUCUUGCGCUUCCUCCCUUUAGCCUGGAACCCCAAGGGCAGGAUUGGAAUGAGGACUGAAGUGUAUGGGUGUGCCUAUAGAUCGGAGGUAGCUUAUUUUGAUGGACAAAGUGCUCUACAUUACAAAUUUGAAAAAGAAUCCAUAAGACCAACCAGAGAUGUUAUUUCUUUGAAAUUCAAAGCCAUGCAGAGCAGUGGACUUAUACUCCAUGGAGAAGGACAGCAUGGAAACCAUGUUACUUUGGAAUUAAUCAAAGGAAAGCUUGUCUUUUAUCUUAAUUCAGGCAAUGGUAACCUACCUCCCACUAGCGGUCACAUGAACAUCUCCCUGGGCAGCCUGUUGGAUGACCAGCACUGGCAUUCCGUGCUCAUUGAACUACUCAACACACGAGUGAACGUCACCUUGGACAAACACAUGCACCAUGUCCAUGUGAACAGGGAAGCUAGUUACUUGGAUCUUAAUUUUGAGAUCAGCUUUGGAGGAGUUUGGAUACCUGGGGGAUCACUGGCAUUCCCACGUAGACAUUUUCAUGGAUGCUUAGAAAAUAUUUAUUAUAAUGGAGUGGAUAUUAUUGAAUUAGCCAAGAAACACAAACCACAGGUCCUCAUUAAGGGAAAUGUCUCCUUCUUCUGCCCACAACCACAGACCGUUCCUGUGACUUUUCUGAAUUCUGGGAGUUACCUGGCUCUGCCAGGCAGUUUGGGAGAGGAUAAAAUAUCCGUCACUUUUCAGUUUCGAACAUGGAACAAAGCAGGACAUGUACUUGUCAGUGAACUUGGGCUUGGUUCAGAAAAAUUGGUCCUCUUUCUUAAGGAUGGGAAACUCACCCUGAGUCUCUCUCAGCAAGGGCAGUCCUUGAGGAACAUCACGGCAGGUGCUGGCCUGAACGAUGGGCUGUGGCAUUCAGUGUCCUUAUCUGCUAGGUGGAGCCACCUCAGCCUGGCAGUGGAUGGUGACUCCUCUGCUCAGCCUCUGGGGCCUGUGUCCAUGCAUUCUGGCAACAUCUAUUAUUUUGGAGGCUGUCCAAAGAACAUCUCUAACUCUGGUUGUGAAAGUCCUCUGGGUGGGUUCCAGGGCUGCCUGAGGCUCAUCUCUAUUGGUGACAAAACAGUGGAUCCCAUUGCAGUAGAGCAGGGGACUUUGGGGAGUUUCAACAACCUUCAGAUAGACUCCUGUGGCAUCACCGACAGGUGCCUGCCCAGCUUCUGUGAGCAUGGAGCUGGAUGUUCUCAGUCAUGGGACACCUUCUCCUGUGACUGUGAGGGCACAGGCUACACUGGAGCAACCUGCCACUCCUCCAUCUAUGAACAGUCUUGUGAAGCCCACAGGCACAGAGGGAGCCCUUCUGGACUCUACUACAUUGACGCGGAUGGAAGUGGCCCGCUGGCACCAUUUCUUGUGUUCUGCAAUAUGUCAGCAGACAUGGCAUGGACCGUGGUGCAGCACAGUGGGCCCCAUGCGGUGACAGUUCCAGGCAGCCCAGGAGGGCGCACGCACUCGGUGACCUUCUCUUAUGCUGUGGGCUUGGCGCAGCUACGCGCUGCUGUGGACGUUGCUGAGCGCUGUGAGCAGCAGGUGGCUUUGCAAUGCAGGCCCACGGGACCCACAGAUGCAGGCGAUGGAAGACCACUGAGCUGGUGGGCUGGAAGAACUAAUGAAACCCACACUCACUGGGGAGAUGCUCUGCCUCAGAAGUGCACCUGUGGAUUAGCGGGGAACUGCCUUGAUUCUCAGUACCACUGCCACUGUGACACUGACCGGAAUGAAUGGACAAGUGGUACAAUAGUCCUUUCCCAAAAGGAGCGCUUGCCUGUCACCGAGAUGGUGGUGACAGACACAGGCUCACCACAUUCGGAAGCUGCUUAUACACUGGGACCUCUGCUUUGCCAGGGAGACACUCCCACCGAAGUGACCUUUUCCUUUGAUGUGGGGAAUGGACCAUGUGAGGUCACCAUACAGUCACCUACUCCCUUUAAUGACAACCGGUGGCAUCAUGUAAGGGCAGAAAGGAACGUUAAAGGGGCAUCUCUUCAAGUGGAUCAGCUCCCUGAGAAGACAAGACCGGCCCCUGCCUAUGGGCAUGUUCGCCUGCAGCUCAACAGCCAGCUCUUCAUUGGGGGGACGGCCAGCAGGCAACGUGGCUUUCUGGGCUGCAUCCGGUCCCUGAAGUUGAAUGGGAUGGCGCUAGACCUGGAGGGACGAGCCACAGUGACACCAGGAGUGGAGCCAGGGUGCACAGGUCACUGCAGCAGCUAUGGAAACCUGUGUCGCAAUGGAGGGAGAUGUCAAGAGAAGCACAGAGGGGUCGCUUGUGACUGUGCCUUCUCGGCGUAUGAUGGGCCGCUGUGCUCACAUGAGGUUUCUGCAUAUUUUGAAACUGGCUCCUCAGUAACCUAUAAUUUUCAAGAACACUCCACUCUGAGUGAGAACACCAGCUCCCUGGCCUCUUCAUUGCAUGGGGAUGUCACACUGUCCAGAGAAACAGUCACACUGAGCUUCCGGACCACUCAGACACCAUGCUUACUGCUCUACGUGAGCUCUUUCUAUGAGGAAUAUCUUUCAGUUAUCCUGGCCAACAAUGGAAGUUUGCAGGUCAGGUACAGAUUAGACAGACAUCAGGAUCCAGAUGCUUUUAACUUUGACCUUGGAGAUUUGGCUGACGGCCACUUUCACCAGCUGACGAUUAACCGGGAAGAAGCCAUAGUUUCUGUAGAGGUUAACCAGAGUGCAAAGAGACAAGUCAUCCUGUCUUCGGGGACUGAAUUCAAUGCUGUCAAAUCACUCUUAUUGGGGAAGGCAUUAGAGCCCUUGGACGUGGACCCGGACACGCGGCGCGCAGCUGCCGGUGGCUUCACAGGCUGCCUCUCCGCGGUGCGCUUCGGCUUUGCGGCCCCGCUGAAGGCUGCGCUGCGCCCUGGCCGCGCCCGGGUCACUGUCUACGGCCGCGUGGCUGCUGCGACGCGCUGCGCAGAGGGCCCGGGCUCCGCGGCGCGGGAACUGGCUCCACGGCUGGCUGGGGGCGCAGGUCGUUCUGGAUCCGCAGGAGAGGGACAGCCCCUUCCUAACGCUGACAGGAGCGAUUCUGGACUCAUCGGAGGUGUGAUAGCAGUUGUACUAUUUAUUUUGCUCUGCGUGUCUGCCAUAGCCAUUCGCAUUCAUCAACGGAGAAAGUUACACCAAAAAAAUGAAUCCAAAGUCUCAAAAAGUGAAGAGUGCUAGGACUCCUGUCCGAAGUGAACUCACCAGUCAGUGUGUCUUCUCAGGGGGCUGUGGCUGACCUGCCCCUGGGCUGUCCUGUUCUUGCCAUCACAGCAGGUGUCCAGUGCCACCUGUCCAGGGACCUCUGCAGCCUCAAGUCUCCAGAAAGCCCCUAUUCCCUCAGUGAAUCUUCCUCCUUAGCAAUUUGCCCCACAGGAAAUGCAGUGGCCAUUAGUCUCUGUGGAGUAGUUCUCCCCAGGUGAAAUGCUCUUUUGCAAAUGGAGCUUUAAUUUGUAUAAUAGUUAAUGAAUCUUAGCUGAGAAGUUAAGUGGCCAUAAACCCUGAUCCUGCUUUUAAAUAUGGAACAGAACUUUUGUUCAAAUGUAAAAGGCAAACUUGAACUGUUUUUUGUUCCUUGCAAGCUUAUCUGCGAUUCCUUUCCCAUUAUUCCUCUUCUCCAUUCCGCCUACAUUUCCAGAGUUCUGAACUGCAGAGCCACGUGUCCUGUCAAAAAAAGUCAACAGCAUUUUCUCUGUCUGGUGGCCAAUACAAUGAGAGACCUGGAAAUAUUUUUGGUGUAUUGCUUUUUUCUAGUUGAC